AUGGAAGAGCAAACCCAGGCCGCCCAGGCCCGCAGCAAGAACACCUUCGAGAUCUUUGUCGCCUUGGGCAGCAUCGUUCCCUGGACCCUCGUUGCCUCGAUAGGGAGUGGCAUGCUUACACCCCUCAGCACUUAUCUCAGCCUGAAUUUCUUCGCCCAGCGGCAUACGGAUAUUCCGCAUCACGAGAUCCAAUGUCACAUUGACAUGAGUCCGAUGUAUUGCCAGCUGGCACUUGUGGAUGGCAAUCGCUUACUCACUGCGUUAGCGUUCAUAAUGCCUUGCUGCCAAUUUCUCACCCUGCCAUUAGUUGGGGUUAUGAGUGAUGCAUAUGGCCGGAAACGGACGCUUCUGAUAGUCUAUUGCCUCGUAAACUCGAGCUUGGUAUUUACGGACCUGUUCGUCUUUUGCGACGUUACCUAUUGGAUCGCCAUUGCCAUGAACCCUUUCCUGAAUUCACAGCUCGUCACCACGAUUCUGAACUCCACGUGCGUGGACCUCUUGGAAAGCCAGGACAGGUCAGCAGGUAUAGCUCUCAUCUCAUCCUUGGACACGGUGGCAUAUGUGAUAGGCUUGCUGACUGGAAUGCACCUCACCCUGGAGCACACAUUCAUCAUUGCGAGUUGCCUUGUUCCGGUUUGCAUUGCUUGGUGCAUUCUGGUCUUUCCGGAAACCCUGCCUCCAGAGAAGAGGCAGAUUACUGCGGACUUCAGAAAUUUCUUGCCAUGGACCCCGCUACCAAUCCUGUGGCGAACGAGCACCCUUCUGCGCUUGUCUGUAGCCACCGCAAUCGCUGCGUUUGUUGAUGAGAGUAGCUCUCGGAUGAUGAGCACUUACUAUCAGCGUGUGAUGAAUUGGACUGCAAAGGACAACUACUUGUUCGAGACAAUGUGGGACAUCAGCAUGAUUGUGUGGCUCACAUUCAUUUUCGGGCUUCUUGUUGCGUACGUCGGGGAGAUUGGGACCAUGGCCUUUGGCAGGAUAAUUGGCAGCAUCUACGUCUUCAUUGCUGUCUUCAUCAGAAAGCCCAGCCAGGCCAUGAUCAACUGCCUCAUUUGUGCAGGACCCAUGACGUUCGCCCUGCCAGCAGUGGCUGGUUUGAAGAGCCGGCUCGUGGGCGAGAGUGAGCAAGGCCGAAUGCAGGCUGCGAUCAGCACAGUCUACAUUGUGUCUGGAAGCAUCGGGUCAGUGAUUGGCGGCUUUGUGUUUGAGCUGUUUGGCAAUGUCGAUGAUAGCGGAUCCUUUGACAAGAUCUAUGUUGUGGCUAUUCUCCUCGUGCUUCUGAACUUUGUGGGACUGAUUGUGUCCAGCAUAAUCUUCUACGAUCUGUUUCGAAGAACCCACCACCUCAUGGACGAGCGGGCACAAGCUUUGUUUCCCAGCAUGAAGCGCCUGACGAGCCCAGAUGCACCGAUGUUGGAGAGCAGCCCCGAGACCGCCCCAGCAUAUGGAAGCACCUGUUGA